AUGGCAAAUGCUUCUCCCUUCAGCCCAUCCCUCCUCACCGAGGCCCCGUCAGACAUCUCGGGGUUUGGCGUCUCUCAGGUCGAAAUGAACAGAAGGCUAGAACGCUAUACUACCACCUCCCAAGCCGACGACACUGUGGAAUUUCUGCGAAUUGUGUUCCAGCAGCUACCAGAAGACGGAACGAUGAAUUUGGCAGUCGAUAUUUACAGCUGUGACACAGACGAGACGCUCCGCCAACUUGUCAGGAGCUUUGAGACCGGCCUACUUUUCCCGAUGAAAGCUUUUGCACUUGAGGCCGCCCACAUCAUUCCCUUCGCUCUUGGGGCCUAUCGCAACUCAAACGAAAGAGCGCAAAACUGCGUCAUCUGGGCCAAUAUAUUGCGCUAUUUCCCAAGCCUUCGUUCUCGGCUCGGCUUUAUAUCCGACGAGAUAAACCGUCAUGAGAACGUCAUGAUGCUCGAGGCAGGUAUCCACCGGGAGUUCGGUCGCUUUUGUCUUACCCUAGUACCAACCAGCACCGAGAACACAUACACGGUGAAGACGUAUCAGGGAUUCUCGACUCUCUACAAUAUAGCUCUACCAACCAAUGGGCGGGUAGUUUUCAUAUCCCACGACAACCGGUACCAGCUCCCUCACCCGCUCCUUCUGCAGGUGCACAAUGCUGUAGCCCACAUCCUACACAUGACGGGGAGGGGGGGAAAGGCCGAGAAGCUGAAGAGGGAGUAUGAUGACUCAGGGUUGCUCGCUCCUGAAGGUGGAAGCGACGUCGAGUCGCUCUUGUCGUUAUCAACUCUAGGGCUUCUAGAGUCAGCGGGAGACUAUUAA